AGUGCUGAUGCCGCAGCGGCCUCAGAUUGGAGAGCGGCUGGCGGGGACGUUGUGGUCCAGGCUGCUGUCAGUGGACGGUACAGAGCGCGUCUCAGCUCCGGAAUCAUCGCAUCAUACAGCCCCGCCAUCUCCAGCAGCAUCAAUAUGGCCAAGGAGGAGAACAAGAGCGCGGAGCAGUCCAAGUCCGGAUGGAAGCAAUUCAUCUACAACCCGAGGAGCGGGGAGAUCCUGGGCCGCACAGCCAGCAGCUGGGCUCUGAUCCUGCUGUUUUACCUGGUCUUCUAUGGCUUUCUGGCGGGACUCUUCACCCUGACUAUGUGGGUAAUGCUGCAAACACUGGACGACGCCGUACCCAAGUAUCGGGAUAGAGUUUCCUCCCCAGGUCUUAUGAUUUCUCCUAAAUCUGCUGGAUUGGAGAUUACAUUCAGCAAGAGCGAUACGUCUUCAUAUGAGACCUAUACUAAAGUUCUUCAUUCAUUUCUAGGACCAUACAAUGACUCCAUACAAGCUUCAAACAUGCAAUGCCCACAAGGCCAGUACUUUGACCAGGAAAAAGGGGAGAAGAAGUCUUGCCGAUUCGACAGGUCCUCCCUGGGACCCUGUGCCGGACUUGAGGGGAAUGAGUACUUUGGGUACAAUGAAGGAAACCCUUGUGUAAUAGUCAAGAUGAACAGGAUUAUUGGAUUGAAACCCCUUGGAAAUCCCAGAAUAAACUGUACCUCUAAGGCAGAUGACGUUAACCUACAGUAUUACCCGGAGUAUGGGAAGAUCGACUUAAUGUAUUAUCCGUACUACGGCAAGAAAACCCACUUGAACUACGUGCAGCCCCUGGUUGCUGUGAAAAUCUCCCCAUCAAAUAUUACCGAUACAUCAGAAAUACUGAUCGAGUGCAAGAUUUACGGAUCCCCCAACUUGAAGAACGAAGAUGAGCGAGACAAGUUCCUUGGUCGAGUGAAUUUCAGAGUCCAAAUUAAAGAUUAAAAUAGGCAGCUGAACAGUGUCCAGUUGAAGACAUAGGUUUAUUGUUUUUUUUUUUUUUUUUUUUUUUAAUAUUAUUAUAAUUUUUUUAAUCAGCCAUACCUGCUUUUGUAGGACCUGAAACCAUCUGGGAAGAUAUGUAAAUGGAACAUGAUUCAGGGUAGCAUAACGAUGUGCUUCCAACAUGAUGCUUUAACCUCUUCUGUGCUAAGGAGGGGGCAACUUACGUAGAGUUCUACAGGCUUCCCCAGCUGUGAAGAGGUUAAACUCAUCCGUGCACGCAUUUCUCUGCCCCAGUAUGGGGGCCAGUUUACAAACCAUAAAAGAAUAAAUAAAUUAUCAUUUCAUAUUAGGGGACCUGUAAAUAGCUGAUACCGAACAUAAUACUGGUGGUGUUCGUCCUAUUUUUGAUGUGAUUUUAUUCCCUCCCCAAAGCCCCCUCUGUGAGUGUUACAAGCUUAAUGUGUUGUGCUAUGUAAAUAUUUAAUUGAGUUAACACUGGUUUAACGGUCAUAUCUCAAACGCCUACACAGUUUUAGGGAACAAAAAUGACAAAUAAGUGAAUGGUACCUGACCAACAUGUACAAACGGAGUUAAGAAAAAAAAACAACAAAAGAAUUAUAAAAAAAAAAAGGAAAGAUUUUAUAACCUCUGCAAGAGUUGUGUGUCUUGUGCAGAUGCCUUAAGUCCUGUAUGAAAAAGCAAAAUAAAGUGGAUUUUAAAAGUGA